AACACAACAACCUGCGGGGCCAACCGGAGCAGCAGCCAGCCAUUCAGAUCCUCCUCACCGCGGGAUGUGAGCACUGAGAGCCUCUCUUCAAUAACGGAUGACCGCUGUGACUAUGAGUGGACCCGGCAGAGACUGACCGGCUGCUGAGCGGUUAGAGAGCAACUUUUUCCUGCGAUUUAGAGAAAUUUAACCUGCAGCGUCUCUGCGGUGGAGCCUUGAAGGAAGUUACUACUAGCGAAGUUACUAGCGCGGUUCAAACGUUACACAUCUCAUCUGUGUGUGGAGGGAGACUUAUUACACUUCACCGCUUCUAAAUAUCAUGAGUUAGUUUGUCUGUUGGUUAAUGAAUAGGUAAAGGUUUAGAAAUAACUUUUAAACAGGUGUCGGGACUAUUUUUUAAUGGAAGCCUCCGCAGUCUUGGGCGUGUCACUGCUCAGCCCGCCUCGGCUUUGUUUCUUUGCUCUGUGCCAUCCAUCUCCUCAUGGACAGCCUGCUGAGCGGGGCCAGUAAAGGGGCCAGUGCCCUUCAGUCAGUACAGACCUCAUCACGUCAUAGAUGCCACUCGCUGUCUUUGUGACUGUUAAGGAAACAAUAAAGCUAAAAUUCCUCUUGGUUUGAACAAAAGAGCCAUGCAUCCGCUGCUGCCCCUCUGUGUCUUUUGGCUGCUGCCCCUGGCCUUGACGCUGGAAGAAGACUCACCGCUGGACUGUGUCCCCCGUAGAUCUGUGCCCUACCAUAGGGACAAUGCUCACAUAUUUCAUGAGGAGGGGGUGUUCAACUACUCCACCAUGCUGCUGAGAGAAGACCUGGACCUGCUAUUGUUGGGGGCGAGGGAGGCUGUGUAUGCUCUUGACCUCAAUGACAUCUCCAAGAAACUUGCUUCAGUGAAAUGGGAAGUGACGCAAAAGCAGCAAGAUGAGUGUACUAACAAAGGAAAAGAUUCUGAGACACAUUGCAAGAACUAUAUCAGGAUCCUGCAUCAGAUGGAAGAUAACAAGAUAUAUGUGUGUGGAACCAAUGCUUUUGAUCCUGAGUGUGAUUAUAUGUCCUACAAAGAUGGAAAGCUGACUCUUGAGAAGAAAGCAGAGGAUGGCAAAGGGAAAUGUCCAUUUGAUCCUUUCCAGAGAUAUGCCUCCAUCAUGGUUGAAAACAACCUAUACUCAGCCACUUCAAUGAACUUCCUCGGCUCUGAACCCAUCGUGAUGCGCAGCUCUCCUAUCUCCAUACGCACUGAGUUCAAGAGCUCCUGGCUUCAUGAGCCCACCUUUGUUUCCAUGGCUCAGAUGCCAGAGAGUGAUCUGAGUGACAUGGGAGAUGAUGACAAGGUUUACCUGUUCUUCAGUGAGACAGCUGUGGAGUGCGACUGCUACAACAAACUGGUGGUGUCCCGCGUGGCCCGCGUCUGCAAGGGGGAUCUUGGAGGUCAGAGGACCUUGCAGAAGAAAUGGACAUCCUUCCUGAAGGCCAGAAUGGACUGUCCCGUGCUGGAGUCCCAGCUGCCCUACAUUAUCCAGGACACUUACCGCUUGUGUGACCCACAGAAGAACUGGAAGGACUGUUUGUUUUACGCCAUCUUCACACCACAGUCGGAAACAUCAGACCUGUCUGCAGUGUGUGCGUACCACGUGUCCGACAUCAGCAAAGUGUUUGCGGAGGGGAAAUACAAAACUCCAGUCCCCGUAGCAACCUCUUUUGUUAAGUGGGUGAUGUACAGCGGUGAUGUCCCCGUCCCUCGGCCCGGAGCUUGCAUAGACAAUGAGGCUCGUAAAGCGGGCAUUAAUCGGACUCUGGACCUCCCAGACCGGACCCUUCAAUUUAUCAAAGACAGGCCCCUAAUGGACCAAGCUAUCCAGCCAAUAAGAGGGAUGCCUCUACUUGUACGAAGGGGAGCUACAUUCACACGCAUCAUUGUCAACCGGGUGCUGGCGGCAGAUGGAGAGAAGCACGACGUGAUGUUCAUAGGCACAGAGGAAGGCACAAUGCUGAAAGCAGUGAACUACGAUGGAGAGAUGUUCAUCAUAGAGGAAGUGCAGCUCUUCCAGCCCCCAGAGUCGAUCAAGAUUCUGAAAUUCUCUAAUGUCACUGGCCAGAUCUAUGCAGGCUCAGACUACGGAGCAGCACAGAUACCACUGGCCACCUGUGGGAGGUCUUCAUCCUGUAUGGACUGUGUUCUCUCCAGAGACCCAUACUGCGGCUGGGACAAAGCUGUUGGGAAAUGUGUGACCCUUUCUAGUUCACAAAGGAAACUAAUCCAAAGUGUGAAAGACGCAGAUGCUUCUCUCUGCCCAGAUGCCGAUCCUAUGAAGCCCAUGAAUCCGAAAAUCUGGCCUGGGGGAAACCUGAAGCUCCAUUGCUCUUCGCCCUCCAACUUGGCAAAAACCAGCUGGGAGCGGGACGGCCGCCCUCUGAUUACUUCUACUCGAUUUCAGCUUCUACGAGACGGACUGCUUAUCCUCAACGCCACAGGCUCAGACACCGGUCGGUACCGCUGCAUCUCUGUGGAGCUCUCCAAAGCGGACAAGUACACAACCACUGUCGCUGAUUACCAGGUUAGCAUGGCUGCAAGUGGAUCUGGUGAUGGGAGAGGGAUUAUUCCCCAGGCUCAGAGGGACGGCCCCUCUGUGGUUGGACUGCAGGCUGUCGUCGGGCUUCUUGUAGUUGGUCUUGUUGCCCUUUUGGCUUGGAACUUUUACAAAGGCCACAUACCGCUGCCCUGGAACUGCCGUAAGAAGAACAGAGAGCCAUCCCAGGAGGGUCCGAACACUGACACGACCUACCAGGAUGCACUGAGGUCUGCACCAGCAGAGGACAAGCCGCUGGUGUCAGGAACCAACAACGGCAGGAAUAACAACCACGCAGGAGGGGAGGCAGCGUUCAGUGCAGCUGAGGAGAAUGACGACUUGAAAGUGAAUCUUCCAUCUCUGCAGUAUAUUGAUGACGAGUCAGACAUUUGAAAAUGGCAAGCAUAUUACUGUGUUCAGUUUCUCGUUCAGCUUGAGUUUAAGAAAUGGACGGGAUUGCUCCAAAGCAUUUUCUUCUAGGCUGAAAUACUGGAUUAAUCAGUCAUGUCAUGAGUUGAAAUCUCCUUUUAUGGGAGUAUAAAACCUUCUUGGUGCUUGAAACUUUCUUUUGAGAGAAAAACACCAAAUUCAGUUGUUUUUUUUAUGAGACUUGAAUUUUUGCUUUGUUUUACAAUUGUGUGUACAUUUAAAUGUUUUAGCUUCCUACUAAUUGUUGUGAAUCUCAUUAUAGAAUAAAUGUCUUAAAAAAUUGGUAUGAUGUUCGCAGGGAAUGUACAAUAUCUGAAAAUGAGCCAUUUCAUGUCUAACCACUAGCCGCAACAAUUGUUUCAUUUUAAUAAACUGUUCCACAAGGUC